CCCUCCUCCACUUUGAGGCUGUACGUACGGCUUCAUUCCCCGUGCCCUAUUGUGCUAUUUAAAUCGACGAUUUCCCGGCUUUCUGGAUUCUUUAUCAGCAUCAUCUCUCUCUCUCUCUCUCUCUUCUACACACCUCUCGUAUCAUCAUGCAUCUUCGACAUUUCACUGCCAGCCAGCUGCUGGUAGGUGCUACGGCGCUUAGUGUUCCCCUAAAGCCGCGCGCCGACUCGCAAGGCAGCACCAUUAGUUUACAUGCCACUCUCUAUGGAUCUCGCUUCAACGUCAAGACUACCGUUGGGCAAGAUGAGCUGGAACUGCUCGUCGACACCGGAAGCAGCGAUCUCUUUGUGGUCGAGGAAAACUUCCAGUGUGUCACGCAGAACUCCACCGGCCAGCUGUACGAUAUUGCGCAGAGCUUUUGCGGGUUCGCUGAUGCGUACUACUCGCCCAACAGCAGCACCUACCAGUCCAUUUCGGAUGAAGUCUUUGAAGCUACGUAUGGGGCUGGAGUCGCCCGCGGUGUCAUGGCUUACGAAGACAUCACUCUCGGGAACAUCACUGUCAAGCGCCAGGAAUUCGGGGCCGUUAACUGGGCUUCCCCCAUGAGCUUGGGCGUCAGCGGAGUGCUGGGCCUCGCGUACCCCCCCAUUACCUCGGCCUAUGAACUCAACCGCACGUUGGAUGACGACGACCUCAGCACCCAGGGCCAGUCGCAGCCGUACAACCCUCUUUUCGUCAACAUGUACCAGCGCAGCCAGGUGCAGUCCUACUUCAGUUUGGCUCUGAACCGCCUCAGCGCGUCCGUUGCGGAGGGGGACGGCGGGUACAUGACCCUGGGUGGCCUCCCCCCGGUCAAGCUGGGCUCCAACUUGACGACUGUCGCGGCCGAGUUCUACGAGGCCGUGGCCCUCCUCUCCAGCACCGGCCAGCGACUCCGCUCCUACUGGGCCAUCACGAACCAGGGAAUCGCCUGGGGCGACCACCACCAAAACACCACCGCCUACCAGACCAUCAUUGACUCCGGGAGCCCCCUGAUUUCGGUGCCCGAGAGCGUCGCAACCGCUUACAACGCGCUCUUCAGCAGCCCCGCCGCAUCCUGGGACAGCACGCAGGGCGCGUACGUCGUGGAUUGCAACGCGACCGCUCCGGCCUUCAGCGUGACCAUCGGCGGACAAACCUUUGCGCUCGACAAAUCCGAUCUCGUCAUCCAGACCGGCGAAGACUUCUGUCUGUCGGCCAUCGUACCGGGGAUCACCAUUGACGUUGGCAAUGGCACGUCGACGCCGGCGCUGCAUAUCCUCGGCGCGCCGUUCCUCAAGAACGUCGUCGCGGUUUUCGAUUUCGGAAACCACGAGAUGAAGUUCGCUGCGCGCGCUUCCGAAGAAACAACCAGCGGGACCAGUCUCGCGGCCGUCACGAUGGGAAGCAGCAGCGCGUUGGUCGCUUUGAUUGCCGCGGUGUGGCUGUUCCAGGGGUUCUUCUAACCUUUUUUUUUUUUUUUAAAAAAAAACCAUGUAUAUAUAUAUAUAUAUAUA